GGCACGGUAUCCCAUCUUACUUCUCUCCAGACCAAUGAUCACCGAUUCAGUUUGGUCUAGUCUAUCUAUUAGCUGCUAAGUGAUAACACAAAUUACAAGUCUUAUAUGGCUCCAGCUUGCUGGUUCUUGGUCUUUGUCCGGGUAUGGUGGCUUCCACUGAUGCUCGCCGGGGCCAAGGAGGAGCAUCUAGGGGAAAACUGCCCGGCUGAGAGGUGCGGCAACCUCACAGUAUCCAAUCCAUUCUGGAUCGCUAACGGGGAGGCGGGAAGAUCGUGUGGCCCCUUGGACUUCCAGGUCGGUUGCUUAAACGACAGCAAUCCAUUUCUCCUGAGCUCUGGAUUCACUGGAUCCACUGGCUUUGGAAUCAUGGACAUCUGGUACGAGGACCGCAAUCUGCGUGUCGUUGAUGUACAUAAAGAGGAAGACUUCAACUUCUCAAAGAGCAGCUGCAAUUUCCCGAGUUGGAACACCUCCAGCAAGCUGGCACUGCCGUUCAAGGUCAACCCCACCAACCUGAACCUCAUCUUCUACAAGUGCACCAAGAGGGUGGCGCUGGUGGAGGUGAGUUGCGCAAACGCGAGCAACAUGUUUGUUCGCGCAGGAGUGCGUUUCGAUGAGACAGGAAACUACGCAGACUAUGCCAUGGAGGGCUGUGAUGCUAUCGUCGUGCCGAUGAUGAGUUCGCCAGGCUGGGCCAACGCGAGCGACUACGAACAGUUUAUCAGCCAUGGUUUCCUCUUGACAUGGGAUGAAACUCUUCAACCUGCAACUGCACGUAGCAAGACGACUCGCACGAGGAUUAUAACAAUAGCUUUGACAUCAGCAGCUGCAGCACUGCUCUUUCCAUGUAUUUAUGUGCUGAUAUGGUAUAUGACGGGUAAAAGAAACUGGUUUCUUAUCUGGAAAAAGAAAAGCAGCAGCACUGAAAGGCAUUAUGAGGCCAUGAUAGCGUCGUAUGGAUCACUUGCUCCAAAAAGAUACACAUACUCAGAGGUAAUGAAGAUAACAUCGUCUCGCCAUAAGCAGCUUGGUCAAGGUGGUUAUGGUGUGGUUUUUGAAGGAAAUCUACAUGAUGGUCGUCUGGUUGCUGUGAAAUUCUUGCAUGACUGCAAAGGAAAUGGGGAGGAGUUUGUGAAUGAGGUUAUGAGCAUUGGCAGGACCUCUCAUGUCAAUGUUGUUAGCCUGUUUGGAUUUUGUUUGGAGGGAUCAAAACGAGCUCUUAUAUAUGAGUACAUGUGCAAUGGUUCCUUGGAUAGAUACAUUUACUCAGAGAACCCAAAAGAAAUUUUAGGAUGGAAGAGGCUCUAUGCGAUAGCGAUUGGGAUAGCUCGUGGACUGGAAUAUUUGCACCAUAGCUGUAAUACACGGAUCGUCCAUUUUGACAUUAAGCCUCAAAAUAUCCUUCUAGACAAGGAUUUUUGCCCAAAGAUUGCCGAUUUUGGUCUUGCAAAAUUGUGUCGUAACAAGGAGAGCAAGCUUUCAAUGAUUGGUGCUAGAGGUACAAUUGGAUUCAUUGCUCCAGAAGUUCACUCACGAAACUUUGGACUUGUUUCAACAAAGUCAGAUGUUUAUAGCUAUGGAAUGAUGUUGCUAGAGAUGGUUGGAGGCAGGAAAAACGUGAAAUCAAUGGCUGAAAAAUCAAGCGAAAAAUAUUUCCCAGAUUGGAUUUAUGAUCACUUUGCUCAAGACGAUGGAUUAGAAGCAUGUGAAGUUACAAGUGACAUUGAGGAAAUUGCAAGAAAGAUGACCUUGAUUGGCUUGUGGUGCAUACAAGUAUUACCUGUGUAUCGUCCUAGUACAACAAAAUUGAUAGAAAUGUUCGAUAAAAGCUUAGAUGACAUGGCCAUGCCACCGAAGCAAAACUUCAAUGGACUACUCGAAAAUUCAGCUCACAAUAUGAAUGUACAAAGUGCAAGCUCUACGAGAUCUGAGGAGAUAAAGCUCGUAAAUUCAGAAAACACACAAAAAUUUCCACCACUUUAAGAAGUUUGGCUGUUGAGAAGGGCGUGAAGAACACAAGAGGUACAGUGGCAUACUUUUGAGUUCACUGUACACUAGGAGUGGUGACAACAAACUUUACCUUGUAUAUGGAGAUGUCAAUGCCAAAUAAGAUUUCAUUUCCCUGACAGGCACCUAAAUGCGUGUCAUAUUUGUAUUAAUAGCAAAUACCAAGGUUGUACCACUUGCCAUAGUCACCAAUUUA